UCUUGGCGUACGUGGGGGCCGAUCAUCCCAGUCCAAAUUUUUUGGAAUUUGGGGAAGGUGAAAUCUUUGGAUUUUACAACUCAGUUCGACGACGUUGGCGGCCUAGCAUACGAUGAGAAGGAUUGAAGCUGCAUAGAGCCAAAUCGAUGGUAUAGACUGGAAACAUGUCGAGACAAUUGGCGCUCAGCGCAUUCCGCGUGGGCAAUGGCGUUCUCGGGUACACUACGAGGAGGAUAGCGGCGUCUACACGGCGAACAUUCUCGUCUACCGCUCAACGAAAAAAGGAAAUGAUAUACUUCUCAAAAGCCUCCUCCCAAGAACUAGACGAUGUCCUUACCGAAAUCCGACGCAAGAUCGUCUUACCAGCCUACCUCCCCCAACCCCAGCGGGCGAAGAUCUACGCCAAGAAGUACGAGAAGAAGCUGCAAUCGGACCCGGUGACGAUCGAGGUCGACCGCGAGGUCUUCAAGUUCCGGUACGUGGACCCGUACAGCGGUGUGCCAUCCACCAAACGGAUCCUGUUCCGCGCGCUCGACCUGUUCUCCGAGCCGGCCGACUUCGAUAACCUGCGCCCGCUUAUCGAAGGCCUGGCCGCGGCGAACCGGAAGCUGAGCGUGGAAACGCUGGCGAAGCUCGUGCGCGUGGUGGGGACGAAGGGCCACAUCUACAAGAUCGUCGAGCUCGCGCGCAGCGUCAAGCGCACGGGCUUCAAGCUCGACGAGAGCGAGACGGUCAACGAGGUCCUGCACUUCAUCCAGAUGAAGGCCGUCUUCUCGGACUGGGACCCCGCCGCGACCGAGAAGGCGCUGCGCUGGGCCGAGAUCGUCGUCGACCUGCUCGAGGAGGAGGACCACCAGCCCACGCUCAAGAAGAAAGACGGUCCGCCGCCCCCCGGCUGGCUGCCGCUACCCCGCGACCCGAUGGUGCUCCUGUCGCCGCUGCACCUAGCCGCCGCGCUAGCCCUGAAGCAGGGCGCCGAGGCCGAAGCCGACGUCGUCGAUAAGGUCGUCAAGUACGCGACGAAGAUCGUGCUGCUGUGGGAGGAGGACAAGGCGCUGAGGCAGACGCAGCCCGCCGCCCUGUUCAAGCGCGGCGGACCGUUCUUGUACAUCUCUGAGUCUAGGAACAAUAAAUUCGUGAAGCUAGCGGCGCCGUGGCUGUACGGCCUCAACGCCGCCGUCAAGGUCCUCCAAGACCAGGGCCCCCAACACUCGGAGCUCGCGGCGCAGCUGCAAAAACGCCGGGAUAACCUGGACGCGGAGAUCCAGGAGGCGAGGAAGACGGCAUCUGGGGAGAUAGGUGAAGUAACGUGGCGGCAGGUGUUCGAGGGCGAGAACGUGAGGCAGGGCGAGCAAGAGGAUGGGGUGAAGGUGGAAGAUAAGACGGUGGAAGAUGGAAAUAGCUGAAGCAAUAAACAGAAAAGCUGGAGUCAGAUGAAUAAUGUCUAAACAGACCGGAUUAGGCUUGUGCGAAGAUCGGUCUAGGACGGGACGGGACGGGACAGGUCAAGUCAGGUCAGGUCAGGCCAGGUCGGCUGAGAUCUAGAUCAGCUCAGAUGUAACAAUACCGGUAGGUAGCUAUCGCCGCAAUUGUACUUGUACAUACAAUAUUU